AUGUUUACAAUCAAUCGCUCAUGUGUAGUAGCGAUACCGUCUGAGCUACACGCAUAUCAGAAGCGGAGUACUUGUUGCGAACACUCUCUAUCUCCAAAAUGUCAUUCUCCAACCCCUUUUACGUUCGCUUGUACGUCCAUCUCCUUCCGUUUCGUACACUUUCCGGACGCAGGUUGCGUCCAUUGCAUCUACUCGUCCUUCAGUUUGCAUACAGAGCACCCAGGUGGUAAUCUUGUUCUUGAGGAACAAGCCGGAGGCUACGCCACUGAACCGUUUGAGGAUGUGGGUCACUCCGAAGACGCAAGAGAAAUGAUGGCCACUUACUACAUCGGUGACAUCUCUCCGUCCGACAAGGAGAAUCCACUUAAAUUCACCUCCCCUUUCACCAGCAAAAAUCCGAAGGGUGCUAACUCUAUCUAUCAACAGUGUCCAACAUUACGAAUCGGUCAUAAUAUCACUACCACAAUCAAUACUAGUAUACCGUUCUCUUUCGAUUUUGUCGACUUUUACCGGGACUUGUUGUCCAUUUGUCUUGUCGGAUACCUAUGGUGUUCCCCAUUCCUCGUACCUUGA